AUGGCUGACCUACCGAAGGAUCGAGUGCAGGAUUCGCCUGCAUUCAGCGUCACUGGAAUCGAUUACUGCGGUCCCUUCUAUUACAAGCCAGAUGGGCGCACUCGAACGCCUACAAAAUGCUACAUCAGCGUCUUCAUCUGUUUUGAAACAAAGGCGAAGGUAGGGCCCACACAGGGUUGCUUCGACUGUCAAACUCCAAGCAGCGUGACCGGUGACAGAUCACCGAACUUCCUUUUUCGCUGCGAUCGUAAAUCUGUGCAGACGUGCCUCUAUAGUGCUCGCGAGGAAAAAUUCAAAUCCGUGCUAAAAAGGCCCGAAAUUGUGCCAUCCGCGGUUAAAUCCAAGUGGAUACGAUUUCUAAGUGAUCGAAGAGAGUUUCCGUCGCGAAAUAGUGAAUUUUUCUGGACACUUUGUGCCUGCGCUGAGGAAGAAGGCAGCGGCCUGGAGCGAAGGCCUGGGACGCCGCCUCUACGAGUAAAAGGGAUUACCUGUGAAUCCGUGACCGGAUGGUCGCUUAGGAGCAACUCGCUUCGGCAGUCCCCGCCUGAACCCUCUGCUCUUCCCAAGCUCCCUGCGUCCGAGAAGAGGCCCGCUCAGAACCUCAUGCCAUCUUGCGCGGAGUCCAUUUCUACUGCAAAAGUAGACCACAAUCUUCCUCGUUGUACCCGUUGGUUUAAAAAGGAGGCUAAUCCUGUACUGAGGCUGGACCGAGUGGUCUGAAGAAGAAGAAGCAGCCAGGAGAAGACGCGGAUGCAGUGAUCCAGAGCUGCGGCAGUCGCUGGAGUUGUCGGCGGCGUCACGCUGAUGGCGUGUUUCGAGCGCCGCGUUUAGUGGGAACGUCGUAAACAAUAGAGUAGACGCCUCUCGUUUAAGUAGGGCACCCUGCGUGGUGAAUAUGGCUUGUGAUUAAAGAAUAUGCUAGUGUAAACGGUCUCGAAUCAAACGAGCAUAGCUGGUGUUAGUGUGGAAGCUCUGCGUGAGUCGGGGCGGCUCUACAAGAGGGUUCAGGCGUCCUUCUCGCCCACGUGAUACGCUCAUAAAAACCUUGAUUUCAGAUUCCACCGCGGGAGAUCGAUCUUUUGCCGAUGGACAGCC